AUGAAUGAACCUGAUAUAAAUGAUCCCGAUAUGAAUGAACUCGAUAUAAAUGAACAUGAAAUGAAUGAACCCGAUAUAAUUGAACCUGAUAUAAAUGAACCUAAUAUAAAUGAAAACAAUAUACUAGAAAAAUGCACAAAGUGCCGAAAGUUUUUGCUCCAAAAUAAAUUUAUUAAAAAAAAAAAUACCUUAAAAAAAAAAAUCUUAAAAUCUUGUGAAUCUUGUCAUCAGCAAUCUUCAAGCCAUUAUAAAGAUUUAGUUGAACACUAUGAAAAUGAAGUAUUACUUUCUGAAGAAAUGGUUGAAAAACUUUUUAAUGAAAUUUCGCUAGUUGGAUCUGAUGAGUAUUUUGAAAAUGAUUCCGAUGAAAUUAAUUUUAAAUCAAUUAUUGUAUUGAAUGAUUUUAAAAAUCAAGGAGAUACCCCUCAAGAGAUAGCAAAAAAAAUUGCAAAUUUGAUAGGUGAUACUUUACCACUAUUGGCUCAAAAAACUUUAUCAAUUCGUAAACCAUUAUUACCAAUAUCAAAUAAUUCAAAUGAUUUAUUAUUAUUAAAUUAUACAUCUAAUAACAAUAAUGAUAAAUCAUUAACUAAAAUAGAUAAUAAUAAUUCUGAUCAGCUUUUUGAAAACUAUGAAUCAAUUUUACAAGAUGUACUAUUAAUAGUACAAGAACAAAAUGAAGCUAAUAAUGUUAAGUGGACACAAGCUAUUGAGAAAGUUUUAAAGAGAUUA